AUGUCUGGUGCACUGUUCAACGUGUUGUUCGACGUUAUUAAUGACAGAGGCACGCAAGUUGGCGACGACAAAUCACCUCCUCACAUCGCCUCAACCUCAGUGUUAUGUCGAGUCACUUACCUUCACCUUCUCUCCCCAUUCCGACACGAACGCCCGCUUCUGAAGGCUUGUCCGGAAAAUGCCGCUGCCUCCAUACUAUACAGCAAGCAACACAAAGAGGCAAUGUCUGUCUAUGUUUAUCCAUUUUUUCCGUUGUCACAUGCGAGCACAAAUGCAUGA